UAAUCGUACCAAGGGGUUUCCUUUAGACAUGUCCAUAUGGGCAUACAAUUUACUUUGAUCAGGAUCAGCUCUUUAAAUGGAUCUCAUUCAUGUCUUGGCAGAGAAACUUCAUGAAGAAAUCGACAGGGUUAUUGGGCCAAGUCGCGCCCCUGCCGUCAAAGACAGGCUGGAGAUGCCCUACAUGGAUGCUGUGGUGCAUGAGAUUCAGCGAUUCAUCAAUCUUAUACCCUCCAAUUUUCCCCAUGAGGUGACGCGGGACAUCAUGUUCCGAGGAUACCGGAUUCCCAAGGGCACAAUUGUAAUUCCAACCCUGGAUUCACUUUUGUAUGACAGCCAAGAAUUUCCAGAACCAGAUAAAUUUAAGCCAGAGCACUUUUUGAAUGAAAAUGGGAAGUUCAAGUACAGCGACUAUUUUAAGCCAUUUUCUGCAGGUAAGCAGGGUCCCAGAGUAAUGCUUUCCUGGGUCACAUCCUCCACUCCUCAUUUCCAUUCCUUGUCUGUCUUGCCAUCACUCCAACAUGGACCACACCCAGUCCUGCCAUGCCCCGGUUUGUAUGUAGAACAUGAUCUGAGCAUGUUCCUCUCUGUUCAGAGAAGUUAGAUUACAUCUUUUAUCCAUUCAAUGUUUUGGAUGGAAUGUGUUUUUACAUUCAUUGUUAAACUGUGUCUACUUUUCUGGACAUAGUAAGAAUAUCUCAAAACCAUAUUUCUUGCCGAGCGCUGGUGGCUCAUGCCUGUAAACCUAGCUACUCAGGAGGAGGCUGAGA